AAUCCGAACAACCUGUCGCUUGUCUAAGCAGCCUACCUCAGGCAUCAGGCUGGAAACGGCAAGACGCUGGAUUCGGACGACCGUUAUUAUGCUGCCUCUGCUGGGACUCACCUGGAUUCCUGGCUUCCUUCUCCUGGACAACAGCAGGUUCUCUGUAGUCAUGACUUACGUCUUCUGCGUUCUCAACACGCUUCAGGGCUGCGCCUUCUUCGUGUUCCACUGCGCCUUGAACCGCAGCGUCAGGAGGCUGAUGUUCCAGAAGCUCGAAUCAACGCAGUUCUUCAACCGCUGCAUGCCGAUUCGUCUGCGGCGUAGCAGCGCUGGCGACGAACGGGGCAGUUCCUCGACCGUGACAUCGGACAGCCGCGUGAUAGCGACCAUCUUCGGCAAACGCGGCAGCCUGUCCUUCAACACCGCCGAUGUGGCCUCCUGGGACCUGAUGGCGGGGAAGUUCACCUCCACCGUCGCCCUGCAUAGGCACCCGCAUUGCACGCCGCCGUCCACUGACUGA